AUGCUGUCCGCACCCGCGCUGCUCACGAGCCUCGCUUCAAGAACCGCGCUCGCCGCGAUUAUCCUAUCGAUCGUCCUUUCGUCCAUCAUGGGUGCACUGCGGAGCAAAAAGUGGAAAGCGCAAGGGAAGCACGUCUUCAUCACCGGCGGCUCGCAGGGUCUCGGCCUGGCGGUCGCCGAGUUGCUCGCUUCCAAAGGUGCCAACGUCACAAUCUGCAGCAGAACCGAGUCCAAGCUUCGAGAAGCGGUGGGCAAAGUCAAGGCAGCAGCCAAGACGGAAGACCAGAAGGUCGAGUAUGUCGCUGCGGAUGUAUCGACUUUCGAAGGCGCAAAACGAGCCAUCGAGUCGUGCAGCGUCGUUCCAGAUACCGUGUUUUGCUGCGCUGGUGGCGCCAAACCGGGCUUCUUUAUCGAACAGACCGAAAGCGACUUCGAAAAGGGAAUGAGGACCGACUACUGGACGUGCCUCGCUACUUCACACGCAGCAGCGAAUGCCAUGGCACGGAACAACGUUACCAAUGGCAAAAUCGUACUCAUCAGCUCCACGCUCGGACUCAUUGGACUUAUCGGCUAUUCUCAGUACGGACCCAUGAAGCAUGCCAUCAGAGGACUCGCCGAGUCGCUACGGUCCGAAUUGAUACUCUACGGCAUCUCCGUCCAGGCCUACUUCCCAGGAACGAUCCUGUCGCCCGGGCUGGAAGAGGAAAACAAGACCAAGCCCAAGAUCACUCUCGAAAUCGAAGGCGAGGAAGAAGGUUUGACACCGGCACAAUGCGCAAAGGGUCUCAUCAAGGGCGUCGAAAAGGGACACUUUUUCAUCACGACGGACUUCAACACGGAGUUGUUCCGCACAGCAGCUCUUGGUGCCGGUCCGACCAAUCGUGGGUUGCUCGAUAGGGUGAUUGCGCUGAUAGGGUGGAUCGCCAUUCCCUUCUGGCGAAACUUGAUUGCCGAUAGAGCCAUUAGGAAGCAUCGCCAGCAACACAAAGAGGAGGUCCUGUCUGCUCGGUUAAGGUGA